AAAGGUGGGGGGAAGAUAAGAUGAGAUGAAAAAGAGAGAAAUCGGUAACAGGCCUUAGCCGAUCGAAAACCGGCAGUUUCAGUAGUGUUGUAGAGGCGAUCGGACUGUGCGUACCGUUCUGUCCUCCUUAGGCACUUCUUCGUUGCGGUUGCCUCCUCAGACGUUGUCGGUCUCUCGAGGAAGAGCCACGGUUCUUCAGGUACAGUACCUAUUUCGCGGUCGUUGGAUUAUUUAACAAUAAUUUCAAAAAAAAAAAAGUGUUUUCGAUUAUAGUGAGUAAAAAAAAAACCCGUGUUUCGAUUUAAUAGUGCAAGAGACUACACAAGGAUUUAAUUUUCUAAAUUUUUUUUUUUUGUGACUUCAAUAUUUUUGUCCUUGUUGUCUUAUAAAUCAAAAAAGGUGUCAUCUUUCUGGAAUUUUGUUGGUGUCAUUUUAAUAAUUUUUGUUUUUUAUUUUUUGAGGAAAUUUUUGUACCGGAAAUUCCUCUAAAGUUAUCCAAGCUAUUUGCAUUCUCGUCGUUGUUGCGCAAACGCCUCUCGCACAACACACUGCAUCAGCAGGUGCUUCCGUCCGCACUACUCCAGUCAUCUCAAUCAAGAACAGCCCCCAUACCAGAAAAGAAAGAAAAAAGAGGUGCAAUAAUUCACAAUGACGAAAUACACGAGAUGCCAAUUUUUAAAAAAAUUUCUACUUCUUCAUGCAACAAUGUACGUUGUUUUCGCCGGCGAAACGACAAUUGUCGCUGCUGCCUCGGACCUAUCAGCAGUUUCCGGUCCAGACUACACUGGACCAUCGGCGGGUUCCGAUGAGUGCGAUCCUGAAAUGGUUGGCUUUGAAUUGGUCACCGGUUAUGUCUACACAGCACCAACAAAUAUGCUCGAAUCUAUACCAGGCAGUCUGAUGCUCACAGACUGCCUGGAGACCUGUCAAGGAAACGACUCCUGUCAAGCUGUCAACUACGAAACCGGUCUCUGUGUUCUGUUCAGCUCCAAUGCAGACAGCAAUCCCGGUGCGCUGUCACAAUCUCAGUUUCCGGUAUUCACUAUCUACGCCCAAAAGAGUUGUUUGGCUGUUAGACCAUGUGAACGAGCAUGGUGCAUCGAUAGAGUGCAAGGACAUCGGCUUCAGGGUCACACGAAAAGAACAACUAAUGCAUCAUCACGUCAACAUUGCUUGGAGCUUUGUCUUGGCGAGAGGGAAUUUCUCUGUCGGUCUGCAAACUACGUAAACGCGACGAAAGAGUGCGAACUCUCGGACAUGGAUAGAUUAACAGUGGCCGGAUCUGGUGCAUUAGAAGCGGCAAAAGGAGUGGAUUACUUGGAAAAUCAUUGCGUGAACGAACCAACAAAGUUGUGUGAUUUCAAGAAAAUUACAGGUCGCAUUCUUAAGACAGUUGACUCGGUCUAUCAAGACGUUGCAAACAUUGAUGAGUGUCGUGAUCUUUGUUUAAGUUCACCAUUCCGUUGUCACUCGUAUGAUUAUGGUGAUACUGGUGAUAUGGUGUGCCGUCUCAGUCAUCAUUCAAGAGCAACACUCUCCGACAUUCAGGAACCCUAUCUAGACGUGCCAGAGGCAUCAACGUACGAGUUGAGUUCUUGCUACAACGUGACAAUCGACUGUCUAGCUGGAGAUAUGGUGACAAGGAUACAGACGAGCAAGCUGUUUAAUGGCAAGGUAUACGCGAAGGGUUCACCCAACUCGUGCGUGAAGGACGUAAAGGGAGUACUGGAAUUCGAACUACGAAUGUCUUAUAGCGAUCUUGAAUGCAAUGUAAAGCAGCAGGGUUUGGGUCGAUAUCUUAACGAUGUGGUUAUUCAACAUCAUGACACUAUUAUCACGAGGUCGGAUCUGGGUUUAGCUGUUACUUGCCAAUAUGACUUGAGCAAUAAAACAGUUUCAAAUGAGGUGGAUUUAGGUGUUCAUGGCGAUGUUACACCAUCAUUGUUUGAGGAGGUUGUUGUUGAUUCACCAAAUGUUGCAAUGAAAAUUACCGAUCGCAGCGGAAAAGAUGGAGUGCCAUCGGCUGAAGUUGGUGACCCUUUAGCGCUCAAAUUUGAAAUUCUUGAUCCAAACAGUCCAUAUGAAAUAUUUGUACGUGAAUUGGUUGCAUUGGAUGGCGUUGAUUCAAGUGAAAUUGUUCUCAUUGAUUAUCGUGGCUGUCCAACGGAUCAAGUGAUUAUGGGACCACUUUAUAAAUCUACCAACACUGGCAAGAUUUUGCUCUCACACUUUGAUGCUUUCAAAUUCCCAAGUUCAGAAGUUGUGCAAUUCCGCGCAUUGGUCACACCCUGUAUGCCAACAUGUGAGCCAGUUCAAUGUGAUGUUGAGGAAUCAACUGGAGAUGUACGAUCGGUAAUAUCAUUUGGUCGCCGUCGUCGUAGACGAUCAACAUCAUCGCAAUCACGUGAAGAUCUUCUCCUCGUGCAAUCAAUUCAAAUCACUGAUAAAUUUGGAUUUGAACGUGACGGUAAACCAAUAAACAUGAAUUCAACGCGUGACAGCAAUUUCAUUGAAAGUGAAGAUAUUUCAAGUGGCUUCAUGGGAAGUUGCAUUAAUUUGGGUGAAGCAAUUGUGGCAGGUACUGUCUUCCUAGUCGCUCAAAUUGCCAUUAUUGCAGCAUGGACAUUCACAUGGCAACGUCGGCGGCAAAUUUUAAAACAUCAGGAGGCACUCUCCGUUUCUGUUUCUGUACCCGGUAUGCAUUCAGGUCGUGCCGAUAGUCUCUGCAAAUUAUACGACGCUGGCUAUUCGCGACGCUUUUAAAUACAGAAAAUAAAAAAUAGGGAUCCUGAAAAUCUCGCUUUUUCCUGUCAAAAAAAAAAAGGGAGAACUUUUCCGCGUAAUCGACCAGUAAACGCUUCAAGUCAAUCUUUUUUAAUUUCUUCGCUAGAUUAAAGCUCAAUUCUAUAUAUAAUGUUUCUUCACUGGACGAUUUGCGAUAAUUUUCCUUUGGCAGGAAGAAAGGUGCUUUUUUUUAAGAUAAAAAUUGCGGACUCAUAUCUAUUUUAACUUGGCCAUGGCGAAUAUACUGCUUUUGAUCCGUUCCAUCAACGGGAAUUCUUACGCUCUCUUCUGUGUACCUUUUUAAGUGUGACUGGUUAUUUCUCUAAAAAUUGAUCUUUUAUAAAAAAAAAAAUGGGGAGGGGAGAAAAAUUGAGCAUCGUGCCAAACGUAAUUUAUCUUUCUUUCUCAAAAAAAAAAAAAAACUUUAUGUAUGUGUGUUAAAGCGACACUUGGAUUUUACAAGUCGAAUUCAAAGUGAAAAAAAAGAAGUUCCCUUCUCUCAAUAAAUUACUUGGAAUCCGCUUAGAAUUGUGGUCUCGUGCGAAGCGAGAGAUGGCGGAGAAAAGAGUUUUUCGGACUUGCCAGGAGAGGCGUGGCACACGGCAACAGAGGUGAUGGAGGUCGACAUGUAUUUGCUACGUAGCGCGGAUUCUAAUUAGCAUUGGGAAUCAAGCGUGAUUAUGCAGAUGCUCCAAGUGGGAUAUCAGGACCACGACGUGGCAUUGGGGGUUCAGUUUCGGGGGAUGCCUUGGCACCAAAGGGGUUGGCAGAAGGUUAAUUACCUCUUGUGGUGCCUCUCUCACUCUCUCUAUCUCUAUCUCUCUCUCUCUUGGUUCUAUAUAAGCUUGGCGAACCCCGGGAUUUGAUGGGGUAACUGCUUGAAGGGGUGGAGGGGGUUACUGUUGGCUCACAUCGACGAUAGUUAUCUCACCAUACGGUUCGCGUAACCUCGGAUCCCCUUCUACUUAACCUUAGCCACGUCUCCGUCCUCCAUACUAUGGGCAUGUUAAUUUACAUUGCGGCACGUGACCUUAUCAAUCUGAACCAGCGUUCUCGCGUGGGUACUAUAUAAGGUGCAUCUCAAAAAAAAGAGUAUAAAAGCCAUGCAAAAUUUUAUAGCCAUACACUUUCGAGGUCAAAUCAUUUAUCAAAUUUUUUUUUUUUUUUCUCUAAUAUAUCAAAAAUUCUAAUCGAAGAGCACGCAAACAAAUUUUUUUUUUUUUAUUCAACAUAUUAAAUUAGUUAUAUUCUUUCUUUAGUUCUCUCACUCUUUCACCAAUGAAUCCUAUUUUCGAUGAUAAAGUAAAUCAGAUUAAGUACUAGAUUUCUUGCUUGAAAUGUUUUUGGUCAAAUAACAGUUUUGAUAAUAACAGCCGUUUUAUUAGUUAUUGUGAAAUUCUAUUAGAAGAAGAAGAAAAAAAAACCUUAUUUAGCAGUGAUGAUCUAUAUUCUUACAUGCAAUUUUCGAUUUUUAUUUUGUGAGAAGAAAAUCGUUGUUUUAAUUAAAUGAAAAAAAAGGAGUUUCUUGUGAAAGAGAGAGAAAACACUAUACGACUGAUUUGUUAUAAUGGGACUAAAUUGGGUUUUAAUUGGGAUGACGUUCGUUUUAGAACUGGUAACGAGUGCGCAGCAGUUUUUUUUUUACGGAAAAAAAAGUAAUCUAGGAUUCGAAUAGAGUGCCUACCGACGUAUUUAGUAAAUUAGGUUAGAAGUACGGGUUACGUGCAAUUUUAGAUAAAUGAAAUUCAAUUAGGCAUAUACAUUGGGGGACUCUAGAUUUCAGAAAAAAAAAACAAAAAAAUUUUUAAUUUUUGUGAAAUCGAAUCAAAUAUUAAUUUAGAAAAUGAACUCGUCAAGACAAUUUUGAUAUUUUGUAUUUCUGAAUACUUCGUUUGUCUUGCGGGGUUUGUAAUAGUUUAUUAUUUUUUUUUUUUUAGUGUUUGAUGUUUAAAAAAAAAAAUAUUUCAUCGUCAACACAGUAUUAAGUAUUAACAUUGACGCUAAUUUUUAAAUAUCCGGUGAGCGUAGUAUUUUAUUAAUAUAAAUAAUAAUAAUAAUAAUAAUUUUUGUAGCGCGAUUGAGAGUAUAUAACUCGAAAAUUGUCGCAGGAACGCUGGGGCAGAAAAUAUAAUUAAAAACAAUUUGUGCUCUCUUCCGCCCUCGUAGUUACGUUCCAACGUGUCAACACAAAAGGUGCCUACGUACUACAUAUUAGUAAGUGACUGCAUUUUGCAAUAUGACUUAUAAUUAUGGUUGUUAUCUACGAUAAAGUUAAUAAUUUCGCUAACUAAGCUGACGUAGUAUAAUCAACCUUGCUUGUGGUGAGAGGGUAGAACCAAUUACGCAAGUUUGGCAAAAUAAGAAAAAAAAAAGUAGUAAUUUUUUUUGUAUAAGUGAGCGCAUACCCGUACUUUUAUAUAAAAAAAAAAAAAAAAAAAAACGCGCGGUUGAGACAAUUUAUAUAUAGAAAAUUAUUUCUAGACGUGCGCACACAAUGACGUAAGAAAAAUUCGUGUCUGCUUUUUUAAUAUUUUUUUUUUUUUUGGCUUUGACCUGUUAAGAGAAAUAAGGAAAAUAAGGAGACUUGUUGAUUUUCGAUACGGUACUACCGUCGCUAAUGUCGAUUUCACGGGAACGGGUCCAGUGCGAUCGACGAUUCGACCCGAAGGAAUUGUAUUGUGUCUCCUGACUCCGAAAGAUCGCAAAAAUGGAUUUAAAAAAAAAAAAGACGGAGAAUUUUUCUUACGUUUGUGAAUUUUUCUAGUGGUAAUAGCUGACGCACUUUCCAUCGAGUUGAGUCCAUCAAUUUUUUUUUUUUUAUAUUACAAACAACUCGAUGCAAACUGCCAAUAUAUCGAUGUAAGAUCAAUCAAUAUAACUAUAAAAUAAUUUUCUCUAUGCGUAUAUAUAUAUAUAUAUAUAUAACGAACAGAUUAUUAUAUUAAGUAAAUAGUGGGACAAUUUUCGGGCUCGAGGACGAACUUUCAAAAAGAAAAAAAAAAGUAUUUGCAUUUUGCGAUUUCCGACGUCUUGGGGGUUUUUUUUGUGUGUUUCUUUCUACAAUGUGCGUUUGUUGAUAUAUCUUUUAUCUUGCUCUUAUUUUUAUUUUUUUUUUAUUUUUUUGGGUGGAAUGUCUGUGAGAGUGUAGACGUCGAAACUCGUCCCCGAGCCUUGGAUAUGUGUGCGUCUGUCUCUCGUAUACAAGCUCGAAAGUGUAUAAGUUUUGCUCUGUACUUUUGACAAUCGUAAACAUCCUUAUAUAUCUUUUCACAUUUUAUUCUUUAUCAAAUUGCAAAAGCAUUUUCUCCGAAACUUGUCUACAUUUAUAAUGACACGAUUGUACAGAAUGUACACGACAAACUGUACUUCUCACAUCACCGCAACGACAUCGCUUAUUUAUUUUUACGUCUACAUUAUUUUCUUGUAUUCUCAUUUUCUGUCUCUCAUAUCUCUCUCUCUCUCUCUUACUCAUCACACACAUUCUUUCUUCAUCUUUCACUUUCAUCUUUUUUUUUUUUUUCUCUCUCAUUUUACGAGCUUAGUUUUACUACGAAAUGCUAUAAGUAAUUUAACGACUAUUUUUACAAACGAUAUUAAACUUAAUGUUUUUUUUUACUAUUAUAAAAGUUCUGUCCCGUCAAACAUCAUCGUACUCAACAGUACCGUUACGUUGUACAUAGAACAUAUGGUACAGAGAAAUAAAUUCAUUUUCUAACGAA